AUGCCCACUCCACUUGUUCAACGUACCAGUAGUACUACAGAGACGACACCACUGGAUGAUCCCACAUACUAUCGUGGUCUUGUGGGCUCGUUACAGUAUUUGACACUUACACGAUCGGAUUUGUCUUAUAGUGUAAACUUUGUUUCACAAUUCAUGCACAAUCCAACUAUCUCUCACAUGAAAUAUGUUCGUCAUAUAUUGCGGUAUCUUAAAGGAACCAUUCAUUAUGGUCUUUUUUUUCAAAAAGAUACCUCGCUUGUUCUUCGUGCGUUUUCAGAUGCAGAUUGGGCAGGUUGUCCGACCACACGACGAUCCACUACCGACUACUGUACGUUUCUUGGUUCCAAUAUCAUUUCUUGGUGUGCCAAGAAACAACACACCGUUGCUCGCUCUAGUACUGAGGCAGAGUAUCGGUCCAUGGCUCACACUGCCGCGGAGCUCACCUGGCUUGAGUAUCUUCUCAAGGACUUGCAAGUGUUUCCUGAAAAGCCGCCUAUUUUAUAUGGUGAUAACCUUAGUGCAUUGCACUUAACCAUCAAUCCAGUGUUGCAUUCGCGAAGUAAACAUGUUGCUCUUGAUUAUCACUAUGUUCGUGAACGCGUUGCUCAAGGAGUUUUGAUCACGAGAUACAUUCCCUUAGCCUACCAAAUUGCUGAUAUAUUUACAAAGUCCAUGACAAAAACUCGCCUAGCACAAUUUCGACGCAAACUAUGUCUCCACCCUGGCCAUAGUUUGAGGGGGGAUAUUAGAUCAGGGAGUCAUAAGGAAGAUUCAGUCUCCCAGGAGUGA